UCAAUACAUUUAUGCAGAUGUUUUUUAAAAGGUUAGAUAAAAACUUGUCUGAUUAUUUUAAUUAUUCGAUCAUAGUUUUUAUAUACCUGAAUGGCUUGUACAAAAUACAGAAAAUAAUUUAGCAUUGGAAAAAUCAAGUUAUGUAACUUUACUUGAAGGUAGUCUUAUAGUUUUAUCUACAAUUGUUGCAUUUACACCACAUCUUGCAUUGGAUGAUUUUGAACGUCGUCGAAUUGAACUUAUUAAUACAUUAGCAAUGCAAGAUUGUCAUUAUUCGUAUUUAGAUGAACAUAUAGCUGAACCAAAAGGUAUUUCUAAUACGAAACACGAUAUUCAAUCCAUUCUCGACGAUAUUGCGGAAUAUAUUGUACCAACAAUCGAAAUAACUAAUGGGCCAAAACAAGGAAAAUAUAAAUUAAAAGAUUUAUUCUGGGAAGUUGAUUUUGAUCCACUACAUGUAUUAACACGAAUUAAUCGAAGAGAUAUAUUUGAAACAACUAUGGAAAGAUAUAGAAAAUGUAUAAAAUCAAUGAAUAAAUUUUCAUAUGAAAAAAAUAUUUGGCCACCAUAUCGUUUACAUAAACCAAAAGAUCAAUUUCAAACAAAUAUAAGAUGUAUUCUUCAAAGUCGAUAUUUACAUGGAGUCUUGUUUUCUAUUUGCUAUUGGAUGAUGCAUGAACCAGUUAUUAAUGAAGAUAUUUUAUCAUUAGUUGUGUAUCUAUGUGAAUUAGCUCUUGAUGAUCAAUUACGUCGACUGAAAUAUGGAGAAUUUCUUGAUGGUUAUGUUCCAUCAUCUCUCAAACCACCGGAAUGUCAUAAGAAUUCUACAAAUGAUGAUUCAGCUUCGUUAAAAACAUUAACAUCUCUAGAAGACGAAACUAUUGAUGAACAUCAACAACAAUCAAAUUCAUUUGAAAUUCGUAUUCGUGAAGAAAAUAAUCCAUUAGAACGUGUAAAUCUAAUUGAACAAUGUUACGGUUCUCGUGCAAUUAGAUAUAAUCAACUUUCUCAACAUGAACAAGAAGUACAAAAACAAUGGGAUGAACUUAUUGUGAAAAAAGAUUCAUCGAAUAAAAUGUAA